GAGCAGCGGAGAAGAGCUCGAAGCACGGAGCUGAAGACCGAACCCAGAAUUUCAUCAUGGCAAUGAAGGAUCGCAUGAAAAUCCGGGAGCGGAACAAACCAGAGAUCUUUGACUUGAUCAGAGAUGUGUUUUGUGAGAGCAAAAUGACACAUGCGCAGCAGAUGAAGACAGUGAAGCAGAGUGUGCUCGAUGGCACCUCAAAAUGGUCAGCAAAGAUCACGAUCACCGUGGUGUGUGCUCAGGGUCUGCAGGCCAAAGACAAGACUGGGUCCAGCGAUCCAUAUGUAACCGUUCAAGUGGGUAAAACAAAGAAGAGGACAAAAACGAUUUUUGGGAAUCUGAACCCUGUAUGGGAAGAGAAGUUUUACUUUGAGUGCCAUAAUUCCUCUGACCGGAUCAAGGUGCGAGUGUGGGAUGAAGAUGAUGACAUCAAGUCUCGUGUCAAGCAGAGACUGAAACGCGAGUCAGAUGAUUUCCUGGGGCAGACAAUCAUUGAAGUUCGUACUCUGAGCGGAGAAAUGGAUGUGUGGUACAACCUUGAGAAAAGAACAGAUAAGUCUGCAGUGUCCGGGGCUAUUCGUCUGCAAAUCAGUGUGGAGAUCAAAGGCGAGGAGAAGGUGGCUCCAUAUCAUAUUCAGUACACUUGCCUUCACGAGAACCUCUUUCACCAUCUCACAGAUGUGCAAGGGAAUGGGGUGGUGAAGAUCCCUGAUGCCAAAGGAGAUGAUGCCUGGAAGGUGUAUUUUGACGAGACAGCGCAAGAGAUCGUGGAUGAAUUUGCAAUGCGUUACGGCAUUGAAUCAAUAUACCAGGCCAUGACGCAUUUUGCGUGUCUCUCUUCUAAAUACAUGUGCCCAGGCGUGCCAGCUGUGAUGAGCACCUUACUUGCCAAUAUCAAUGCUUAUUAUGCACACACCACUGCCUCCACAAACGUGUCUGCUUCGGACCGCUUUGCAGCCUCCAAUUUUGGGAAAGAACGAUUUGUGAAGCUUCUGGACCAGCUUCAUAAUUCACUUCGGAUUGAUCUCUCGAUGUACAGGAAUAACUUCCCAGCCAGCAGCCGUGAACGCCUGCAGGACCUAAAGUCUACAGUGGAUUUGCUGACCAGCAUCACCUUUUUCAGGAUGAAGGUCCAAGAGCUGCAGAGCCCACCCCGAGCCAGCCAGGUAGUGAAGGACUGUGUAAAAGCUUGUCUCAACUCCACCUACGAGUACAUUUUCAACAACUGUCAUGAGCUGUACAGUCGCGAGUACCAGACAGACCCUAACAAAAGUCAGGACCUUCCUCCUGAGGAACAGGGCCCCAGCAUCAGGAACCUUGAUUUCUGGCCCAAGCUCAUCACUUUGAUAGUUUCCAUCAUAGAAGAGGACAAGAAUUCCUAUACCCCAGUCCUGAAUCAGUUUCCUCAGGAGCUUGCAGUUGGGAAGAUCAGCGCAGAGGUGAUGUGGAGUCUUUUUGCCCAGGAUAUGAAAUACGCCAUGGAAGAGCAUGAGAAACACAGACUGUGUAAAAGUGCGGACUAUAUGAAUUUACACUUCAAAGUGAAGUGGCUGUACAAUGAAUAUGUUCGUGAUCUGCCUGCCUUCCAGGGAAAAGUGCCUGAAUAUCCAGCGUGGUUUGAGCAAUUUGUGAUGCAGUGGCUGGAUGAAAAUGAAGAUGUUUCCUUAGAAUUCCUGCAUGGUGCUCUGGAGAGAGAUAAAAAAGAUGGGUUCCAGCAAACGUCCGAGCAUGCUCUGUUCUCUUGCUCAGUGGUGGAUGUCUUCACCCAGCUCAAUCAGAGCUUUGAGAUCAUUAAGAAGCUGGAGUGCCCAGACCCUGUCAUUGUUGCUCAUUAUAAUAGGAGGUUUGCUAAGACUAUUGGGAAAGUGCUGAUGCAGUAUGCUGACAUACUCUCCAAGAGCUUUGAGUCCUACUGUUCCAAGGAGAAACUGCCCUGCAUCCUGAUGAAUAACAUCCAACAGCUGCGGGUGCAGCUAGAGAAGAUGUUUGAAGCCAUGGGUGGUAAAGAGUUGGAUGCAGAAGCAAGUGACCAUCUCAAAGAGCUCCAGGUGAAGCUGAACAAUGUUUUGGAUGAGCUGAGUGCAGUGUUUGGUAACAGCUUUCAGACUCGUAUUGAUGAGUGCGUCAAGCAAAUGUCUGAUAUCCUCUGUCAGGUGAAAGGGACAGCAAAUUCUGCUGCUAAUGCCAGAAACACAGUUGCACAAGAUGCAGAUAAUGUCCUGAGGCCAUUGAUGGAUUUCCUGGAUGGAAACCUGACUCUGUUUGCAACAGUGUGUGAAAAGACAGUGUUGAAGCGGGUGCUGAAGGAGCUCUGGAGGGUGGUAAUGAAUACCAUGGAGAAGCUGAUUGUGCUGCCUCCUCUUACAGACCAUACGGGCACACAGUUGAUUUUCAGUGCUGCUAAGGAACUGGGACACUUGUCAAAGCUGAAGGAUCAUAUGGUGAGAGAAGAAACUAGGAGUCUCACUCCAAAGCAGUGUGCUGUUCUGGACCUGGCACUGGAUACAAUCAAACAAUAUUUCCAUGCUGGUGGGAAUGGCCUGAAGAAAACCUUCUUGGAGAAGAGUCCAGACCUGCAAUCACUUCGAUAUGCCCUCUCUCUCUACACUCAGACCACAGACACUCUCAUCAAAACCUUUGUCCAGAGUCAGACAGCUCAGGUGCAUGAUGGGAAAGGUAUAAGGUUUACCGCUAAUGAGGACGUUCUUCCUGAUAAGGGCUCCGGUGUGGAUGAUCCUGUGGGUGAAGUGUCCAUACAGAUUGACCUGUACACGCACCCAGGGACUGGUGAACACAAGGUCACGGUGAAAGUUGUGGCAGCCAAUGACCUGAAGUGGCAGACGUCUGGCAUGUUCCGUCCAUUUGUUGAAAUCACCAUGAUUGGGCCCCAUCAGAGUGACAAGAAGAGGAAGUUCACAACCAAGUCAAAGAGCAACAACUGGGCUCCAAAAUACAAUGAAACCUUUCACUUCAUCCUGGGGAAUGAAGAUGGCCCCGAUGCCUAUGAGCUCCAAGUCUGUGUGAAGGAUUACUGCUUCGCUCGGGAGGACCGGGUACUGGGGAUAGCAGUGAUGCAGCUCAGAGACAUAGCAGACAAAGGAAGCUGUGCUUGCUGGUGCCCCCUUGGGCGCAGGAUUCACAUGGAUGAGACUGGACUUACAAUCUUGAGGAUUCUCUCUCAGAGAACCAAUGAUGAAGUUGCCAGAGAAUUUGUAAAGUUGAAAUCUGAAUCCCGCUCCACAGAGGAAGGCACCUGAGCUGAGCUGUGUAAUAUUCCCUUUUCUCUUCUGCCUUGUGCCAAUAUGUGCAAGUGUUCAACAAUUCUCUUUUAUUAAUUGCAAAAGGUUUUUUUCCAUGUUGUCUUUGUCAGCUCCGAUAGCGCACGUGUGCUGUAUAGGAAACAAAUCCAUCAAUCUGAUGUGAAUUAUUUAUUUUUUAGUAGCUGGGUAAGACACCAUAGAGAAUGAGACAAUCUCUUAUUUAAGAUGCAAAUUCUGCUUUGUGUAUAUAAAUUAUUUUAUAUUGGAGGCUGGAGUUGCUGGGUUUUGUUGAUAUGCAGCACUGUGAUUUUAUCCUCUGAAGUUGGCAGGCAUUAAAAAGGUUCUACAUAAUCACACUACGAUGCAAACACACAACUGUGUGGAAAUUGGGAGGAGAUGAUUUGGGGGCUUGACAAAGCACAGUUAUCUCUCAUUGAAUUCAUGUACUGUGGAGUUGCCUGGGGAUCUUCUGUCACAGGUUAUGCCAACAUGGUAUGCAGACACCUCAACAUCUGCUUAAAAAGGAAGUGGCAGAUCGCUCUGGAGAUGCACACCGGAUGAAUGUAUGUCCACGGGUGUGCUGCUCUGAGCAUGGGAGACAAGUGCAGAGGGGCCUAAGAUCUCAUAGCCAAAAGCUGCGAAGGCAACACACCAGGAGCAGGCUGCAGCUGCCCUGCCAUUGUAAUUAGACAGUGUGUCUCGGAGAAUAUAAAUCCCCACGUGCUGCCGGGAAUCUCGCGCCGCCGUGGGGGUGCUGUAAAGCUGCUCAGCUCCGCAAGGCACGCUCCGGCUACCGUGACCAACGCGGUAAGGAAGGGAUCAGCGUUAGAGUCGUAGAGUUAGAGCCGUGACAAAUUACAUGGCUGCUAUGUACUUUUUUUCCACUUCGAUAUUCUUUUGUUAGUUUUUGACAGAGGAUUGGAUAAUUUCAUACUUGCAGGCUUUCUGUAGCAUUUUGUUACCCUGGAGUAGCUAAGACCAUUCCUCACUAUGAACCCAGAAACGAUGGCUUGCCUGGGAGAGAGGAAGAAGCCUCCCCUCUGCAAGCCCUCAGUCUGGAGUGCUGGUCAAGGGGCAGCACGUUUGUUUGGUUCUGAUCUUGAAGAUGCUGUGAUUGAUCCACGCCGAUUGUUAUUAAUCUUACGAUACCAUUGAUGAUACCAUUGAAAUAUUUUUGCACUGUCUUAAAGAAGCAUCCUGCUUUUGUUUUCUUGCAAAACAAAACACUGUCCUGAGCGAAGUAAUUGCAGGGAGGUCAGAAUUUCUGACUGAAUAUUCGUAAGCAGGAAGGUCUGGAGUGGUGAUUGCACCUGAGGUAUGUUUGUUGGAGGGUUUUUAUUGGGGAUAUUUUUGCUUUUCCAGCUGCCCUUGUGCUCUGGAAAGUGCAUCUGGAACAAGCCAGUCCUUGCCCAUAAAGUACUGUAAUACUGUCAAUAAAUUCAAGGACUGCAAUUGAAUGACUUUUUUUUUUCUUUCUAUUUUCUCUGAUACUUGUACAGCUGUAUGAUGUGACUCCUGUAUUUCAUAGGCCUGCUGGUAGAGUUCUGAGACAGCACAUCUGCUUUGUUCUUGUCCAUGGUGUGUUAUACUAAUGCUCUUCAAAACUCCACGCUAUUUGUCAUGAUUUUGAAUCAUUGUACGUGCCAUUGUUAUGAGAACUGUUAGUAUGGUCUUUAAUAAACUCUUUUAGCAGCAUU